AUGCCCAGACUGUUUUGCGCUCUGCAGGCGGCCGCUCUGUUCGGUUUAGCCUCUGCUCUAUGCAGCUCUGUCCAGUUUGUCCAGCUCCCAACAACGCAAGUGGAUGCGCAAAAAUCUUCUCAAGUCGGCGGGCGGUUUCCACUUGAACAUGACGACGCGUACCGCCGCAGUUCCAGGCAUAUGUUGGACCGAUUGGUUGGAAUCCUCUCUGGAUACAGCACAAAUAUUGGCGGGACUGACAGAUCUCAAAUGACCCAUGUGCCGAGUUGGCAGGCAAAACUCGAGAGCCGUCGUUCGGGUUGGGUACUCAGCCGAGAAGGGGUCAACACCUCGAGACUGGGAGCCGGCCCACCAGUCAACCUGCCAUAUCUCCAAGCCAGGAAUCUAGAUUGUUGGGAGUACUAUACAGAUAAUUGGAAUAGUUCUUUGACCUACAUCCCCCCACCCUGCCCCCGAAGCCAAGCUUCGAAUGUUUAAUGUCAUCACCGCAGGGUGGACUGCCGAUAUACUACCUUAGUAGCGGGCCCUAUCACUCUAUGACCCUUAUAGUGUAUUUUGCCCGAUAACUGCAUAGGUUUAGGCUGCCCGUGGGAUUUGCAACGGUAAUUGUACUUAUAUGUAGGUGUAUACACCUUGAAAACAUCUGCUGGUAGGAACCGAUAGAGGGGGUUUCGGGCUGCAAAGUAGGCUGUUAUAGAGUAAAAGCACGUAUUCGAGUGGAGGGGAUCCCAAACUCCGAUAUAUAUGCAAUAGAUCUUGUUAUACUCAAACUUCUCUUCCAAACAUG